CCCCGCCUUCCCCCUUCGCAUCCCGGGCGCGAUGAGAAGGGGAGAUGGACGCGAGCCGGCGGGACUGGCACCAUGACAUUGGCCGGCUUCGUGGUGGCGCUGGUGCUCGGGGCGCUGCCCGGAGCCCGCGGGCCGGGGCAGGUCUCCGCCGGCCUCCCCGCCGCUCGCGCCCCGCCGCAGCCCCCCGUCCCGCCUCCGCCGCAGCCCCCCGCCGGCUGCUCCGCGGGGCGCUUCGCCGCACCCCAGCGCCCCUGGCCGACCGCGGCGCCCGCCCUUCCGCGGCGCGGCUCGGCGGGCAGGCUGCCGCGGAGCCGCCGCAGCUCCUGCGCCCCGCCCGGCGGCGGCGGCGGCGGCCGACCCCGGUGCCGCCCUGGGAGCGGCCGGCGCCGAACGGAGCGGGAGCGCGCCGACUGCGAGCGAGCGUCAGUGAGACUCCAAGGUGGCAAGAAUGAGUUUGAAGGUACAGUGGAGGUUUAUUUGAAUGGAGUCUGGGGAACAAUCUGUGGCAGCCACUGGGACAAUAAUGAUGCAACGGUCAUAUGUCGACAACUUGCACUUGGUGAAAAAGGUACAUCAAAACACAUACCAUUUUCCGAACUGGGCCUUAUUCCUGUCUACUGGAGCAAAGUGCGUUGUCGUGGUGAUGAAGAAAAUAUACUGUUAUGUGAGAAAGACAUCUGGCAGGAUGGAAUAUGUCCUCAAAACAUAGCAGCUGCUGUUACAUGUAGCUCUUCACUAGCCUCUGUCUUUAUUCCAAUCCGGCUGGCUGGUGGGAACAAGGCUUACGAAGGAAGAGUAGAAGUCUACCAUGCUGGCCAGUGGGGGACUGUCUGUGACGAUCAGUGGGAUGAUGCAGAUGCUGAAGUUGUCUGCCGGCAGCUUGGCCUUGGGGGUGCUGCCAAGGCAUGGAGCCAGGCUUACUUUGGAGAAGGCUCAGGCCCUGUGCUGCUGGAUGAAGUGCGGUGUACAGGAAAUGAGCUAUCUAUAGAACAGUGUCCAAAAAGCUCCUGGAGGGAACACAACUGCGACCACAAAGAAGAUGCUGGUGUUUCCUGUACACCUCUCACAGAUGGUGCAUUAAGGCUAACAAGUGGGAAAGGCAGUCAUGAGGGACGUCUGGAGGUCUAUUAUUCUGGGCAGUGGGGCACAAUCUGCGAUGACGGGUGGACAGAGCUGAAUACACAGGUGGCUUGCCGGCAGCUCGGAUUUAAGUAUGGAAAAAGUGUGCCUGAGAGCUCCUCAGAAGGAAACUCUGGUCCCAUCUGGUUGGAUGAUGUCAGCUGCUCUGGGAAGGAAACAGACCUUUUGCAGUGCUCAAGGAGAGAGUGGGGAAAGCAUGACUGCAGCCAUCAGGAGGAUGUCAGACUCAUUUGCCAUCCGGAUAACAACAGCCAUAAACUCUCUCUUGGUCCUCCCAUCAGGCUGAUGGAUGGUGAGAAUAAGAAGGAAGGACGUGUAGAGAUUUUUUUCAAUGGUCAGUGGGGCACAAUUUGUGAUGAUGGAUGGUCUGAUAAGGAUGCAGCUGUAGUUUGUCGACAGCUUGGCUACAAAGGUCCAGCGAGAGCAAGGACAAUGGCAUAUUUUGGGGAGGGCAAAGGCCCAAUCCAUGUGGAUAAUGUAAAAUGUACUGGAAAUGAGAGAUCCUUGGCAGACUGCAUUAAGCAGGACAUUGGAACACACAACUGCCGUCACAGCGAGGAUGCAGGCGUCAUCUGUGACCACUUAGGCAAGAAGGUCCCUGGGAAUAGCAACAAAGAUUCUCUUGCUUCUGUUUGUGGAUUGAGAUUACUACAUCGUCGACAAAAGCGAAUAAUCGGUGGAAAAAAUUCUUUACGGGGUGGUUGGCCAUGGCAGGUUGCACUCCGAUUGAAAUCAUCUCACGGGGAUGGAAGACUCUUGUGUGGUGCUACUCUCAUUAGUAGCUGCUGGGUCCUCACUGCUGCACACUGUUUUAAAAGGUAUGGCAAUAACACUAGGAACUAUGCUGUGCGAGUAGGAGAUUAUCAUACGCUGGUACCGGAAGAGUACGAGGAAGAAAUUGGAGUCCAAGAGAUUGUGAUGCACAAAGACUACAGGCCUGACAGCAGUGACUAUGACAUUGCACUAGUGAGGCUGCAGGGGCCAGAGGAACAGUGUGCCAGAUUCAGUACCCACGUCUUACCUGCCUGCCUGCCCUUAAGGAGAGAGAGACCACAGAAAACUGCUCCUAACUGUUACAUCACUGGAUGGGGUGACACAGGAAGGGCUUAUUCAAGAACAUUGCAACAAGCUGCCAUCCCCUUGCUUCCCAAGAGGGUAUGUGAAGAGCGUUAUAAAAGAAGAUUCACAGGAAGAAUGCUCUGUGCUGGAAACAUGCAGGAUCAGAAACGCAUCGAUAGCUGUCAAGGAGACAGUGGAGGACCACUGAUGUGUGAACGUCCAGGGGAAAGCUGGGUGGUGUAUGGUGUGACCUCCUGGGGCUACGGCUGCGGAAUGAAAGACUCUCCAGGUGUCUACACAAAAGUUUCAUCUUUUGUACCCUGGAUAAAGAGUGUGACCAAACUGUGAGUGUGCUUCAUCCAAACCCAACUUUCUUAACAACAUGAAUAAAGCAGGACAGCUUGAACAGCACAGAUUGUACAGCUGGGGCCCACUGCAAGUGAAAACAGGCACAUUUUCCUGAUUUGUGUGUUUUGGGGGUUUUCUGGUAUUAAAUCCAGGCUGAAUGCACACCUUUCCAAUUAUGGAUUACUAUGCAAACAAAAUCCUUCUGUGUCAAGGAAGUUUAUCUGGCACAAACCGAAGAUAAGCAGAAAAGUGACCUCCAGCUUUGAGUAACAUUAGAGCAGGAAAGCUAAUGAAUUCACUAGCAGAUCCACUAUUCACAGGAAGCUCCAAGCUUUUAUAUAAUUAAUAACAGACCUAGAAAUUCAUUUUUAAUUCUAGUUAAUUUAAACAGUUCUUGACUGCUUUCCUUUUACUCCUAUGACCUUAUACUCCGUUCUCUAAUUUUGACUGCUGUUUUACCAGCUAUGAGACCACAAACAGGCACACGCUUGGUAAGUAACUCUGUCUAUACAUUAAACGUUAGAAGGAAAACAACUGACAAUAAUCAGACCUUCACCUAAUCUGAAAAACAUUCUUACAGCUCAGCUACUAAGGCACUUUCCGAAGUAAAGUAGACAGCAUGCUAGAAUGUAAUUAAUUUCCCUGCAAACAUUCUACGCAGCUGUAUGAGUUGGAUAAAUGCUGGAAACAUUGAAGCAGUGCCUGUCUGAAAAGAUGCAUAAAGUCUUAAAGGAUUAUUUUCUAAAUACGUAGACAACCCUACCACAUUUAGGGGCAGUGCUGUUUCAGAUCAUUCUCAUUGGAAAAGUAAAAAAUUAUUUUUAACCAAUAACUAAAAAAGUUUGGUUUUUUAUCCAGCAACUGCUCAAUUUUGCUAUAGUAAUUUAUGAUACCACAUCAAGUUGUAAGUCAUAUGGACCCUAGUGCCCUUUUAUGUUCUAAAUAUCAUUUAGCAAUAUCCAUUCCCUUUAUUAACUCUUUUUAAAAACUCUCUUCCCCAUGUUAUGAAAACCAUAAUGGUUUCCUAUAAAAAGAAGCACCAAGGUACUCCGUAUCAAGACAAAUAGAAAACAACUUUUACCAUUCUAGAAACAGAUACUUCCCUCACUUUAGAAUCACAGAAUCAUUUAGUUUGAAAAAAACACUGAGAUCAAGUCCAGCCAUUACUGUGACCUACUGAGUCCCAUUGUUCAAACCAUGGCCCUUGGUGCCAUACCUCCCUCACUUCCCUCGGCAGCCCAUCCCAGUGCUUGACCUCCUCCUGGUGAAGAAAUUCUUCCUAAUCAUCAUUCAGAACCCAGAAAGGAAUCACCAUUUCAGUGCAACCCAAAUUGAUAGCAAUCUUUAGAACAGCAGAAUAGCUACAAUUAACAGUGAAACAAGAAAGUUCAGCACUGCGUCAAUGAGCUCUCCUUAUGGCCAGCUGGACUGCCUGCAAGCAUACCCUGUGUAGCAUUUUUAACAAUGAUGCUUCUUAAAAAGAUGAAAGAACAGCUCUGUGGGCCAUGAAACACCCCAGUGAGAUAAGUGUGGCAGCUGUGUGUCACUGCAUAGUGAUUGUACCAACUGUGACUACCACUUACUGCUUUCCUGUGUUUCCCUUCCUCAGACACUCAAGCUAUAAUUGUAUCGCGUGGCCUUCUGUGAACGAAGUGGGAUGCUGGUAUUCACCUUGUAAGAGGGCAUUCAUUCAUUCCCAUAUGCUUCUGUGCAUAUCCAAUAUCCGAGCCAACUCAUUUGUGCAAAGUUGGAAUAAUGUUGCAAGCAAUUGUAAAAUUGGCCCUCAAUUUCUCUCCUCAAACUUAUUGGUCCUAUUAAGGGCCACGACUAGCUUAAAUAUCUUGUCAGAACUGGUGCUAAACUAGUACACGAGGUGCUUUGAUAUAUUUUAGUUUUCUGUAAAACAGCACUAGAAGUGAAAUAUAUUAUUUAAAAACAUCAUAUAGUACUAUGCUCACCUACUGUUAGACCUAUGUGAAAUACUCUCCUAGCAAACUUUAAAGCUGUUUACAUUUUUAUAUGUAUGUAGCCCCUUUAAUUACAGAGAAAGUAAGCCUGUCAGGAAGUAUCUACUCGUACAAAGUUUCGUUAAAUAAGACCCAUGAUUAUAAGACUUGUGAAGUAGACAACAUAGUGCAAUAUGUGUGAUAUACAGUGUAAAUCAUUUUCUUUUAAGAGUUGCACCACAAAGUGCAAUACUUAGGGAAAAAAAAUCAAAUCUGUACACUAAACGUAGUAACAUUUAGAUUUAGUAAGUUAGAUCAUUAGUUUUGCUCUCUUAGAAUGCUUUAAUACUUAGAAGUUGAAGUGAUGCACUAGUUCCCAUACAGACAGCAUGCCUUUGCUAGUUCCUAGAAGAAAAUGAGAUUGCCUUUAUGUUAUACCAUUCUAAUUCUUGUUCAGUGAGCCUGAUGAUGUAAAUGUGAACAAUAAAAACUGCCACACUGA